AUGCAUUUGAUGUACACUCUCGACGAGGCGGGCAACCGCCUCUACACCCUGAAGAAGGUCGUCGACGGCAAGGUCACCAAGUCCGCCCACCCUGCUCGCUUCUCCCCCGACGACAAGUGGUCGCGCCAGCGCGUGACGCUCAAGCGCCGCUUCAACCUGCUUCUCACCCAGCAGAACAACCGUACCGACCAGAGCAUCAUGACGGUGACGGCUUGUUCGACUGGCAGGAGAGAGCAUCAGCACUGCGCGGCAUGGGAAUAG